AUGGCAGAACGUCAGAAGAGAGAUUCUUCUUCAAUCAGUUCGAAGGAGAAAAGUUCGUUGCUAGAUAUGGACUUCGGGAAGGACUUCCUUAGCUCAUGGAAAUCAAUCUCAAUAACUGAGGGGGAUGAAAUGGAUUUUGACCUGACUCCUGGGCCUGGCAAUAAGAAGACAUUUAAGUUUGAUAAAGCGGAUGUGGAUUUUAAUUUGGAUGGUGAUUUUGGAAAAAUGUCAUCUUUCAAGAUGGAUAUGUCUGAUCUGGAUAUCUCCCCUCCACUUAAAAAGGAUGAAAAACCCAAGGAGAAGCCAAAAGAAUCGUCAUCCAGGGGAAAGGAUAAAGGAAAAGCUGACCAUUUUGCUUUUGCAUUUGAUUUUGAUGAGUUGGACAAUUUCAAUUUCGAGUCAAAUUUAACAAAAGAUGUCUCAAAAGCUGAAAAAGACAAAAAUAAGGAAGGUACUUCUCUUAGUGGAAGUGGGUGUGAAGAAGAGGAAGGUUCCUUGCACAAGAAAGAUACUGGAAGUAUGACUGUUUCAGAAGAUUGGGCACAAAAGCCAUAUCUAAAUGGGACUACAAUGAAUGUUGAUAUGGAUAGCUCGGUUGGAGAAGAUGCAGAUCCUGGACCCGUAAAAGAAAACCUACCUUCUAAAUUUGCAAUGGAUGAUGAUGAUACUCCAGACCAUUCAGCUGCUAUUCAUGAAUCCGAUAAAGCAACGAGUCAUUUUGAUAUAACAAGUGCUUUUAUAGAGUUACCUAAAGUGGGUCCAUCUGAAAAUUUGGUUUUAGCCAAACCAGUUCAGCAUGAAGAUUGUACUGGAAGUGAUGAUGGCAAGGAAAUCUCAUCUGAUUCUCGCUUUAGAAAUGAGCCGACCGGAGACCAUUCAUCAGAGGAGCACGAUGACGCUAAUUCCACGAGUACGAACACAACUAGUGCAAAUGGAAAACAAGAUUUUGAUCAUGUGUCUAUUAACAGUUCAUCCUGUCAUUACAAAUAUGCAAUACCCGUCAACUCGCACCUCCUCCAUACUGUUGAGAUUUCUGAGGAGAAUACUGGUAAAAAGAGUGAAGUUGGAGUUGAAGACCAUGUGAUGAACAACAGAGAAAGAGUUGAAGAAGGUAAAGUUAAAUCACUCGUUGAGAGUUCUUGUACCGCUAGUGCCGUGCCAGGAAUACUCAGUGACAAAACAUCUACCAGGGAGAACAAUUUGGAGAUUUUGAAGUCAAACUUUGUCAGUGCUGAGGGGCUAGAAAACGGGAAGAAGCUGAAUGAUUCUUCUAGCUCACUAGGUAAGGAGACGGAAACAACAAAAGAGAAGAGCAUGAAAGAUACGAAUCCUCUUAGAAGCUCUGGCUCUUCCUUUUCCUUGGAGGUGAACAAAAAUGCAGCACAGAAGGGUGGAAAUCCAAUUUCCUUAGCAGCUAUUCGAUUAAGUAAUAAACAAAUUCCUGCUGAAGGACAUAAUAAGCUUUUCUCGAUUGAACGUGGUAGGAAGACCCCUGAACCCCCUGGCGUGAAACUCCAAUGUUUAAACGUUGACUUAACAAAGUCCUCAAUUCGGAAAGAUAUCAAUCCAAUUGGAAGCACUGUUCAGAACAGGGUUUUAUUAAGGAAAUCAGCAUCUGAUAUUGCUCACUCAUCAAACUCCCAGAAACCUACUGUCCAAUCCUCAAAGAGAAAAACACCGGAGGGGGUCACCGCAAACAUUACUGUCUUGAAUCCAUCCAAAAGACUCAUCCAAUCACCUACUGCUGGCAGAAUUGUUGUGGACACAUCAGAAAAGAUUGUUGACCUAAAGGUACCCAACCACAGUAACAUCGAAAAUAAAAGCAUCAAAAGUACAAUGGUCAACACCCAACUCUCUACACUUAAGAUUCCUCAUGAGGCAAAGGUCAAAGAAAUACUCCCUACAAACAUUCCUCAUGAGGCAACGGUCAAAGAAGUGAACAUGUCAUUCUCGAUUGAGAGUAAUAACAACAUCAAACAAGCUGAAGCUUAUGGCAAGGAACUCGACGAUCUGUGCAAUAUGCUGAGGAAGAAACAUGAUGAAGCGAAAGAACUAUUGGUUCAGGCUGUCGUGAACAGCAAUAAGCUGCUGAUGCUCAACAAUCCCCUUCUACAUGAGAAGAUAUCCUUUUCUGUUGAUUUACUAGUUUAA